AUGACAUUGGAUCCAAAGAAAGUGGCAUCGUGCCUGAUUUACAAGAUGCGGAAAGUGCGUUAUUGUAUUCGCUCUCUCUCUCUCUCUCUCUCACUUACACAAACACAUACACACACACGCGCGCGCUCGUUACGAAUUAUACUGCCAUAUGAAGCGGUGACAAUCCCCAUCCCCAGAGCUGUUUUUCUCCGUGUCCAUUUCCUUUCUCCCCAGCCGAGGCGGUGUUUCUUUUCCUUUCCGGACCCCAGGCCGUCUCUCCCUGCCUCCCUCCCUCCCUCCCUCCCCUCGGACCCGCGCGCGCGGCUUCAUUACGCGCUGCCUCGCUCUGUCCCGCGGCGCUCUCUCUCGCUCCGAGACGAGUCCGGCCUUCCUGUCAUACCUCUCCCCAUUCCUGGGAUUCCAGCCGCGGGGCCGCCGCUUCUGCGCCUCUUCUCCGAGUCCUUGAAGAAUCCCACGCGAAGCCCCCCGUGUUCCCUCGUGUCCCCCGUCCCGUGUCGGGCGCUGGGCUCCGACUCCACACAGGGGUACCCAGCUGCGCAGCCCCCCCUCCCCCUCCCCCCCCUCCCGGCAUCGCCCCCCGGACCCCCGGCCUCCACCACGUCUGCAGAGUGGGAUCCGGCCCCCUCGCCGGGGGGCGCCAGCGAGGAGCUGAGCGAGCCGCUGGACAAGCCUCUGGAGAACGAUGCGGAAGGAGUGUGGAGCCCCGACAUCGAGCAAAGCUUCCAGGAGGCGCUGGCCAUUUACCCACCCUGUGGCCGUCGCAAGAUCAUCCUCUCCGAUGAGGGCAAGAUGUACGGGCGGAAUGAGCUCAUUGCGAGGUACAUCAAGCUGCGGACGGGGAAGACGAGAACCAGGAAGCAGGUGUCCAGCCACAUCCAGGUGCUGGCGCGACGGAAGGCCAGGGAAAUCCAGGUGAAACUAAAGGACCAGGUAGCCAAGGACAAAGCGCUCCAGAGCAUGGCCAGUAUGUCCUCUGCCCAGAUCAUAUCUACCACCGUCUUGCAGAACAAGAUGGCCCUGCAGGGGCUCUCGCGGCCGGCCUACCCCACGGCACCCGGGUUUUGGCACGGAAUGCUUUCAGGGCAGCCUGGAGCCGAAGACGUGAAGCCCUUUUCGCAGCAGAGCUACACCCUCCCAGCCCCGGCUCCUCCACCCAUAACAGGGUACGAGAGCGCAGCUGGUCUCUCCGCAUCGCCUAACUCCCCGCCCUGGCAGGGCCGCAGCAUCGCCAGCUCCAAGCUGCGCAUGCUGGAGUUUUCAGCUUUCCUGGAGUAUCAGCAGGACCCAGAAACGUACAACAAGCACCUAUUUGUGCACAUCGGGCAGUCGAACCCCAGCUUCAGCGACCCAUACCUGGAGGCCGUCGAUAUCCGACAGAUCUACGACAAGUUCCCCGAGAGGAAGGGCGGCCUCAAGGAGCUCUUUGAGAAGGGCCCGGUGGACGCCUUCUUCCUGGUCAAGUUCUGGGCAGACCUGAGCACGAACCUCCAGGAUGACAGCAGCGCUUUCUACGGCGUGUCCAGCCAGUACGAGAGCUCGGAGAACAUGAUCAUCACCUCCUCCACCAAAGUGUGCUCCUUCGGCAAGCAGGUGGUGGAGAAGGUGGAGACGGAGUACGCGCGGUUCGAGGGCGGCCGCUACGUGUUCCGCAUCCACCGCUCCCCGCUCUGCGAGUACAUGAUCAACUUCAUCCACAAGCUCAAGCACCUGCCCGAGAAGUACAUGAUGAACAGCGUGCUGGAGAACUUCACCAUCCUCCAGGUGGUGACCAACAGGGACACGCUGGAGACGCUGCUGUGCAUCGCCUACGUCUUCGAGGUGUCGACCAGCGAACACGGCGCCCAGCACCACAUCUACCGGCUCGUCAAAGACUGAGGCGUCACGGGAAGGCCGUGACCGCCUCGUGAUUGACAGCACCGCACACUGCAAGCGAUAUCUCUGCCUCUGGUCAGGAGACUCCAAUACCUCGCUCAGGAUUUUGACCGUUAAGGACACAGGAAGUAAAGGUAGACCGCCAGGUGGUUUCGGGACUUUUCUUCGCAGGAGAGAAAAUUGUAUCCGGAUUUGAAAGAGGAACAUGAGACCAUCAUCGCUGCCAUUUUUUACUGCAGAAAACUGCGACACACUGCAUGCAUGGACUUUUAUUUCUCAUUUCAUUUUCCUAGUGCUUGCUUGUGUUUAGCGUCCAACCCCCCCCCCCGAUUGCCCGACCUGAGGGAAGUGUGGCCACCUACUGCUGAUUGUUGGCAAUGACCGCAGAAGAGGGGACACUGGAAGAGGACAGUCCUCCGCUCUUUGCCAGACUUUUGGGACUGACGGGAAUGUUACAGGAAACACUGGGUCUUCUGCAUCUGCUACGGAAAUGACAUGUGAGCUGUGAAAAACGAGAACUUCCCUGAAUCAUGAAGAAAAUGCAUAUCCUUUAUUUAGGUUGUUUUAAGAUGUAAAAUAAUAUAUACCAUAGUACCACUGAAUGGAAAUAAACAGAAAUGACUCAGUUUAAUUCAGUUACUUUUGAAUUAUUCAUGAUGUACGGAGCUGUAAUGGGACUUAUGACUGACGAGUCGGGUUAUUACUGGUGUUUGCAAAAUUAAACUGCGAGGUACACAUUCGUCCCUGUAAAACAGCGUAUGUGUUUUUGCAGAUUUGUCAUUUGCCGAAAGAAACAGUGGACAGAAAAACAUUUUUAGAAGUUAUUCCAUGAACGGGUCAGUCUCCUGAACCGAUCGUAAGUGACGUAUGCAGUAAUUUCAAAUACUCAGCCUUAAAGACGCCAUGAGUCUUCAACACUGUGAUGAAAAAGUAUUUAUAUUAUCACCCUUGAUAUUCUGGAGCGUUAAUAAGUAAGCAUUCAUUUCAAAAUGUAAAUUAUCACAUUUUUCACUAAAUGUCGAUACUGUAAUCCAUCUUGGUUUAAUUAUCUAUGAAACAUAGUUUUUAGAUAACCCCUUUUACAGCAACUGAAAAUUACAGUAUUGCUAAAAAUAUGAAAUAAUGCAAAAAUAAUGUUAAAAAUCUCAGUCUGCUAUUAACAAUAAAAAUAUUUCAGGUGAAACGAUGGCGCUCGGACAUGUUUCUCAUUAGCGUUACAUUUGUUCAAGUGCCUGUCACAGAGAAGAUAUAAAUAAGGUUUAUUCUUUCUUGAUGCCUCAUUAAGAGGUGAAGAUUAAUGAAGAUGAAGACAAAAUGAGAUGAUCUUUUGUUUUCAAACCUUAAAAAUGUCCGUUUCCUCUGUAACCCCUACAACACCAAGGGUUCUCAUUACUGCAACAGGAUCUUAAGGAAGUUAAAAUAAUAGUAAUCAAUCAUUUAGAAAGACAUUGAAAGGCCAGAACAUUUCCUCAAUCAUCAUGGGCAAAAAGUCUGAUGAUCCUCAGUGGACACUUUUCUCACCCGCUUUGGUGUGAAGUUCACGAGACUGACCCAUCGAAGUUUUCAGGGCCUGACCAUGAACAGAAAAGAGUUUGAUGAAAAAGUUAAGCUUUUAGUUUAAUGUUGGGUGUUUCACUGGUUUAAUCAUUUUUUUUGCUCGUGAACACUUCUAGUCGAUGUCAUUAUUUUGAAAUUAUAUUUUCUACAUAAGCAAGGGGUACGGUUGUGCGGAAAGCUUGGCUGGGUCCUGCUCUCUGGUGGGUCUG